AAAUCAAUAUAUUCUAGAUGCGAAAUUAAAUACGACAAAAUAAGUUAUUUAAUUUCCUAGGACGGCACUGAAGCAGUCGCCAAAUCUUUCACUCCGUCAGUAGGUGAAUUGUGCUAAAAAUGCACAAAACAACGAUGAUAUUAAAAUGUGCUGGUCUUGUCUUUGCAAUUCAACAAGCUAUAAGUCAACAAUGUUCUCCAAAGGAAUUCCAUUUAAAGUUUAACGGAAAGCUCUCUGUUGACGGCUACCAAACCAUUUUCUCGGCCAAUGGAACAUCUUUUGGAAAUGCUAUGCAUAAAUGUAUUAACUUUUGUUAUGAGGAUCAACGCUGUAUCGGAGUCGAGGUGUGUGAAUUGAAUCCAGAACUCUUUAAGUGUCGUGUUUGCUGUGAAUGGAUGAAACUAGGAAAUCACACAGAAACACAACCUGGUUGCAAAUAUUUGGAAACGAUCGAUGAAAACGGAGAAAACCUUGCAGUAACCGGUGAAUUGAGUACAAUUUUUGAUGAGGAAAAUCUUUUCAAUGGAUCAAAUGCUGUAGAUGGUGUCACGUCAUGUAACAUAGCUCCGUCAAUGGCAGCCAACGAAUCAGAAAAAGCGUCAUGGCUAAGAAUCGGCUUGAAAGAAAAAGUUAGGGUUUGGAAGGUCUUACUAUACAACAGACAGAGCUAUGGUGAUAGACUGCACGAUGUCUCGGUGAAUGUCACCGGAAAUGAAAUAAAUCAUCUGUGUGGCUUUUACCCUGGACCAGGAGGCAAUGGAGACCAGCUCCUGUUUUUAUGCAAAAACGGAAUCAUCGGUGAUACUGUCACAAUCACAAUUCAAGCAAAGGAAGGACAGACUGAGAUCCUUAAUCUCUGUGAGGUGGAAGUGUUUGCUCAUCCUUAAAUUUCCUAUACCACAUCUUAACCACACAGAUCAUUCCCUGUCCUGAUACUAGUAUCAGUGUUUGCUCAUCCUUAAAUUUCAUACACCACAUCUUAACCACCACAUAGAUCAUUCCCUGUCCGGAUACUAUUAUCAGUGUUUUCUCAUCCUUAAAUUUCAUACACCACAUCUUAACCACAUAGAUCAUUCCCUGUCUUGAUACUAGUAUCAGUGUUUGCUUAUCCUUAAAUUUCCUAUACCAGAUUUUAACCACAUAGAUCAUUCCCUGUCCUGAUCUUUGAAUACGAGCCACCUUGACACAGUACAGCAGGAUCACACUCUGCUAAUUAGUAAUUACAAAUGUAAUUAGAUACUAACAGUUGUUUAUUGCGCAACAAGACACAUAAAUUUGAUUUUCUUUCUUAUAGACACACAUGCACCCUACUCCAGCCAGCCAGAGGUUUAGUAACAACAACGUCACCGUGUAUAUACAUUAUCACUACAUUUUCAUUUCAUUUCAGCUAUUUUCCUUUAUUACCGCAUUACAUCUAGAAUCCAAAUUGUAAUGAAUGCUGCAUUUAUUCCAACUUAAGCUAACACAAACCACAUAAUAUAUGGAACACAGGCCAUAAGCACUAGAGCAUCAAUAUAUCGAAAGCGAAACGAAAGUUAACAUACAAGCUGAAGGUGGUUAAGUUAACAAUAGAGAAUGAAAUACAAACUGAAGCCAGCAGUACCACGGAGAGAUGAUAAAGAUAUGACUUAAUUUUUAGAUCCAUGACAUGUUUGAAAAAUAAUCAGUGAUUUAAAAAAUGAUUGAUUGAUUGAAUGCUGUUCAACGUCCCUCUCGAGAAUAUUUCACUCAUAUGGAGACGUCACCACUGCCGGUGAAGAGCUGUAAAAAGGGAUCUUUAUCGUGCCACACCUGCUGUGACACGGAACGUCGGUGUUUUAAGUCUCAUCCGAAGGACAGUCCCAUUUAGUCGUCUUUUACGACAAGCAAGGGUCAUUGAGGACCUAUUCUAACCCGGAUCCCCACAGGAUUAGUUUUAUUGAACAUGACUUAUCAUCUUGUUGUCGUCUGCUUACAGCCGCCAUCAUGAAAAUGUGCUUCAAUUGUUGUUAUGUAUUUUUUAUUUGUUUUUCACUAUAUUAAAGCAGUUGAAAAUGUU